CGAGAUGAGAAUAGAAGCACGACGAAAAAAUCUUCUCAUUUUGAUUUUGCAUUAUUUGACACAAGAAGGAUAUAUUGAUGCGGCCAAUGCUUUGGAGCACGAAACUAAACUGGGCUUACGACGCUUUGAAGUCUGUGACAACGUUGACCUUGAAACUAUUUUGAUGGAAUAUGAGAGCUAUUAUUUUAUAAAAUUUCAGAAAUACCCCAAAAUUGUCAAAAAGGCAUCAGACACAGCAGAAAAUAAUUUACCACAAAGAAGUGGAGGGAAGACCAGAAGGGUGGUGAGCGACAGUAGUCAAAAUCUUCCCAGGAUCACUCAGCAGAGGCCACGGUCCAAAACCACUGCUGGGAAGACAGAGGACACCAGGUCUCUCAACAAGGAGCAUCCUAAACAGGAGGUUAAUAACACCCACCUGGACAACGCCGACUUUGGCUUAAAUAUAUCCAGAAUCAACAAAGACAGUGGAGAGGGGAACGCCCACCCACGAAGAGGCCAAAUCAUUGACUUCAGGGGGCUGCUCACAGAUGCUAUCAAAGGAGCAACCAGUGAACUCGCCUUGAACACCUUUGACCAUAACCCAGACCCCUCAGAACGACUGCUGAAACCUCUGAGUGCAUUUAUUGGCAUGAACAGUGAGAUGCGAGAAUUGGCAACCGUCGUGAGCCGGGACAUUUAUCUCCAUAAUCCAAACAUAAAGUGGAAUGACAUUAUUGGACUCGAUGCAGCCAAGCAGUUAGUCAAAGAAGCUGUUGUGUACCCUAUAAGGUAUCCACAGCUGUUUACAGGAAUUCUUUCCCCCUGGAAAGGACUACUGUUGUACGGCCCUCCAGGUACAGGAAAGACUUUACUGGCCAAAGCUGUGGCCACUGAAUGCAAAACAACCUUCUUUAACAUUUCUGCAUCCACCAUUGUCAGCAAAUGGAGAGGGGAUUCAGAAAAACUUGUUCGGGUGUUAUUUGAACUUGCCCGCUACCACGCGCCCUCCACGAUCUUCCUGGACGAGCUGGAGUCGGUGAUGAGCCAGAGAGGCAUGGCUCCUGGGGGAGAACACGAAGGAAGCCUGCGGAUGAAGACAGAGUUACUGGUGCAGAUGGACGGUGCGCGCUCAGAAGAUCUCGUGUUUGUCUUAGCAGCCUCUAACCUGCCUGCCUUGGAAGAUAAUUUGAAGGCUUUACUGGAGCUGGACUGCGCCAUGUUACGCCGCCUGGAGAAGAGGAUUCUGGUUGGCCUCCCCUGCCGGGAAGCCAGGCAGGCCAUGAUCCGCCACUGGCUGCCCCCUGCGAGCAAAAGCACAGCCCUGGAGCUGCGCACAGAGCUGGAUUACAGCGUGCUGAGCCAGGAGACUGAGGGCUACUCGGGCUCAGACAUUAAGCUGGUGUGCAGGGAGGCAGCCAUGCGGCCGGUGAGGAAGAUCUUCAAUAAGCUUGAAAAUCAGGAGUCAGAGAGCAGCAAUUUAUCUGGGAUCCAGUUGGAUACAGUGACCACUGCCGACUUUUUGGAUGUGCUAGCUCACACCAAACCCUCCGCAAGGAACAUGACUCAGAAAUACUCAGCCUGGCAGAGAGAGUUUGAGUCGGUUUGAGAUCACAUUUACCGUGACCUGGCCACAAAGACCACCACAGAAGCCUCCUAAUUUAUUAGCGUAAGUGAGAAAAGAACAUAACGAUUGGAAUGGAAAAGAGAAAAUUAUUAUUCUUGAAGACUGGAUUAAUUUCGACAACUGUAUUGUUUUGGGACUCUGACGUGUUUUCAUUAAUUUGCCAUUAUUGAUGUCAGCAAAAUAUAGAAGAUUUCAACUACAUAUAUAUAUGUGCGAUUAGGUCAUGCAAUGGAGAUUUUUCUCACAAUUAGAUUCUAUAAAAUCUUCAUGAACAA